AAAAUAAUAAUAAUAAUUACAAGACCAAAAUUUUGCUCAGAAAAAAACCAGUUGCUUCCGAAGUCUAAUACCACCUGUAAAAGGAGCGACACGCCUCUGGUUUUUCACUCACAUCAUCUAUAUAUACACAUUGCUUAUAUAGAACACUUCCAUAGUUUAAUAACCAUCAUCUACUUUAUAGCAAAAAGCUACUUUAAAUCUCUGAAAGAAGAGAUGAGUUCCACAAGCAGAGCUUGGAUAGUGGCGGCGAGUGUUGGAGCAGUGGAGGCACUGAAAGAUCAGGGAUUCUGUAGGUGGAACUACACCGUAAGGUCGAUGCAGCAGCACGGCAAGACCAGCCUGAGGUCCUCCGCCGUUGUUUCGAGAAAAGUGAGGGGAGAGAAGAAGGCAAAGCAGUCGGAGGAGUCUGUGAGGAAAGUCAUGUACUUGAGCUGCUGUUGGGGUCCCUAUUGAUCAUCAAUCCAAACCUCAGCUCAAAGUAUAUUUUCUUUUUCAAAUUUUGUUUUUUUAUUUUAUUUUGAGUCUUGUCUGAGUGUUGCAUAAUCCACUCUGGCCUCGAAUGUAAAUAUAUUUAUAUAUAUAUAUAUAUGUAUUUUUUUU